AUGUGGAACGCGACGGCCAGCGAAGAGCCGGGAUUCAACCUCACGCUGGCCGACCUGGACUGGGAUGCUUCCCCCGGCAACGACUCGCUGGGCGACGAGCUGCUGCGGCUCUUCCCCGCGCCGCUGCUGGCGGGCGUCACAGCCACCUGCGUGGCGCUCUUCGUAGUGGGCAUCUCUGGCAACCUGCUCACCAUGCUGGUGGUGUCGCGCUUCCGCGAGUUGCGCACCACCACCAACCUCUACCUGUCCAGCAUGGCCUUCUCCGACCUGCUCAUCUUCCUCUGCAUGCCCCUGGACCUCGUUCGCCUCUGGCAGUACCGGCCCUGGAACUUCGGCGACCUGCUCUGCAAACUCUUCCAAUUUGUCAGCGAGAGCUGCACCUACGCCACGGUGCUCACCAUCACAGCGCUGAGCGUCGAGCGCUACUUCGCCAUCUGCUUCCCGCUGAGGGCCAAGGUGGUGGUCACCAAGGGGCGGGUGAAGCUGGUCAUCUUCGUCAUCUGGGCCGUGGCCUUCUGCAGCGCCGGGCCCAUCUUCGUGCUAGUCGGGGUGGAGCACGAGAAUGGCACCGACCCUUGGGACACCAACGAAUGCCGCCCCACCGAGUUCGCGGUGCGCUCUGGACUGCUCACGGUCAUGGUGUGGGUGUCCAGCAUCUUCUUCUUCCUUCCUGUCUUCUGCCUCACGGUCCUCUACAGUCUCAUCGGCAGGAAGCUGUGGCGGAGGAGGCGCGGCGAUGCUGUCGUGGGCGCCUCACUCAGGGACCAGAACCACAAGCAAACCAUGAAAAUGCUGGCUGUAGUGGUGUUUGCCUUCAUCCUCUGCUGGCUGCCCUUCCAUGUAGGGCGAUAUUUAUUUUCCAAAUCCUUUGAGCCUGGCUCCUUGGAGAUUGCUCAGAUCAGCCAGUACUGCAACCUCGUGUCCUUUGUCCUCUUCUACCUCAGCGCUGCCAUCAACCCCAUUCUGUACAACAUCAUGUCCAAGAAGUACCGGGUGGCAGUGUUCAGACUUCUGGGAUUCGAACCCUUCUCCCAGAGAAAGCUCUCCACUCUGAAGGACGAAAGUUCUCGGGCCUGGACAGAAUCUAGUAUUAAUACAUGACCUAGCACAUUGCUGAGUACCGUCACCGCUUAUUA